AACAUAUACAUAACGGUCCGACCCUUAAACCCUAGCCGCUUGCUUCCAUCUUUUGUUUCAAAACCCCUAAAGCCGUUUCCCCAAUCUCUCUCAUAAUUCUGCCUUGUAUUCUUCUUCUUAAAGUUGAGCAUUAUAAUGGCACUUUCUAGCAAACUUGGAAGCCUUUUGAGACAAAAUGGGCAAACCCCAAUGAUAUCUUCCAUGCUGUACUCUCUUCGAUGCAUGUCGACUUCGAGCAAAAAGCUUUUCAUUGGAGGUCUUUCAUAUGGAACCAGUGACCAAACUCUCAAGGAAGCUUUUUCUGGAUUCGGUGAGGUUACUGAAGCUCGAGUUAUCGUCGAUAGAGAGACUGGGAGGUCCAGGGGCUUCGGUUUUGUUGACUAUGCUAACGAUGAAGCUGCCAACAAUGCCUUGUCAGCCAUGGACGGACAAGAACUCCAGGGGAGAAAUAUUCGAGUUAGCUAUGCUACUGAUAGGCCUAGUGGUCCUCGUCCUUCUGGUGGCAACGGUGGUGGAAGAGGCGGCUUUGGUGGGGUUUCAGAAUUCUAGGCUCUCGUCUUGGAACUUGUCCAAGGACUUGUUUCUUUAGCAAUUAGUUAUUAAGAUUCAAGGAUGUGUGUAUUUAUUUCAAGGAUUGCUGAACGUAUGCUAUUAUUUACUUCAUGCUAUAAGG